AUGUUGUUAACGCAUUAUUAUAAACUAGCCCAUCUGCAAAAGAUUCAUUAUUCAGUAUUAGUAUCCAACACUAAUAAUCAUCAAGAAUUAUUAGAAUUAGAAUUAAAAAUCAGACAUUAUCAUCCAAACAUCCUAAUAACAUAUUAUAAUAAGUGUUUGUAUUACUUUUCAUUUGAUCAUAAUUAUCAUAAUAAUCAACUUCUCCAUGACGUAAUUAACGAAUAUGACAAUUUACAAAUCAAAUUUUCCAAUACAAUUACAGCAGAUCAAUAUUCGAAUCCACCGAAAAGUGGCCCUAGCAAUGGCAUCAAUGGGGAUGACGAAGAAGAAUUCUUCCCAUUCGAACCACUAAGCUUUUUAAAAGCAGUUAAGAAAAUGGUUUUAUAUGAAUUAUCAAGUCGUGGCUUGGUACAAUUAUUUGGAAAUUAUUGUGCAAUUAGUGAAGAUGACAAAGCAUAUUCAAUACUAUGCAUUGAUCCAAUACUUUUCCCCAAUGGAGAUUUAAUGAUAUCUUGUGUUCAAAGAGAACCAAUUAGAUUGUUUCCUACUCGCAUGUUGGACUACAAUUCUGAUCCGAAUUUCGUUAUUUAUCUUGUACCUAGCGGUAUUCGAUGUCAUUUAUUUGAUCCAACUAAUCUUCAAAAUAACUUUGUGGAGCUGAAUAACUUAGAUAAUGCAGAUUUAUUGGAAUUAUUACAACUAAGCACUGGGAUUUCAUACGGUGUUGAUAGCGAUAUAGCCUGGUUCAAGUUGAUUCCGAAUUUGAAACAUCUAAAUAAUCAAGCUUCACCAAUUGCGAAAUUCGUUCAUACAGUAGAAAAUAGGAAAUUCAUACUAUGGCCCUGGAACCUAUGUUUAGUACAGCUUGGAAAAGUUGAACAAUUACCCGAAGAAAUCGUUGUGGACGAAAUACCGAGAUCUGCCAAUCCUUUAAGUCUAAUUUCUGAAUUUGUGGAUUUUCAAAUAACACAUCAUAGAAAACAACAAGAACAACAAAUCCAACAACAACAGGAACAACAUCAGGAAAAUAGAGUAUCCACCACUGGUCCAUUCAAUGUACCUAGUGUACCUUCGUCAAUAGGGGAUAUUGGAUCUGUGGGACCAAUGACACAAAUGGAAGGACCAAAAGACAUUGGCUCCAUAGAUAUGAACAUGAACACGCCCAUCAGUGCAGAAUUAUUUAAUUUGCAAAGUGCCGAUGCUUUCUUUAAAAAUGAUAAUGGUUCAGAGAUUAAGGAGGAAAGCGAGCAGAUAGCUUCUGAUGAAAAAGAUGAAGAAGAUAUGGAAAUAGAUGAUUUGUUCGGAGGCGAUGAUGAUGAAGACGAAUCAGAAUUGUUCGAAGACGAAGAAGAUAAGGGAUCCAAGGAAGACGACGAAAAUAAAGAAACGGAGGAACCGAAUGCUGAUUUGGAACAAGGUGAAAAGCUUGAUGGCUUGUUUGACAACAUGGACAACAAAUCAAAAGACGAAGAAGAAAUCAAAAAAGACGAAACAGAUAUACAGAAGGAAACUUUAAAACGACCUUAUUUUGAUAUACCCAAAGAUCAAAUGAUGAUAUCCAAAUACAUUAGUCCUGACUAUAACGAUCCGGGGGCACCUUUACCAAUAAUACCAACUCCGUUUGUACUGUCAACAAUGCCACAAUCUGCCAUAACUACUAAUCCACCAUCAGCACCCCCCAUUCCAGAUAACCCAGACUAUCCCGAAGAGACGUCGAAUAUGAAUGUGGCUCAAUCGGCACCUCGUCUGCUGAUUCCAGAGCAGAAAUCCAUAUUUUCACCCAUUUUAUUCAAUCCGAUAAUUAAGAGUAAUAUCGACACCAAAUACGGAAAAGGCGGGAAGUUUUAUGUUGAUCGAGAAUCAUCAGUGGAUCCAAGUUUUGAUAAGAAAAGAAGAGAGAUGAGAGCAACAAGUGUAAGUGGGUUGGAAAUUUCAUUCAAUCGAGAAGACAAAGAAUCCAAAUUACAUCAUAGACAAUCUUCUUUAGAAGACAUUUAUGAUUCUGAAUCUUCUUCAAGUGAAGAAAGUGAUGUGGAUGAAGAGGUUAUCGAAGAUGAUAUUACAAAUUCCCCUCCAUUGAAAUUGAAUACUUAUAAUGAAUCAGCUUAUUAUCCUCCUGGAAGUAUAGGCGCUGCUGUCAAUGGUGGUAAUAAUCAAAUCAACCUGGCUAUCAUUCAACAAGCAGAAUUUCCAUCAUCCAGCAUUGCUGGUGAUAAACCAGGCUACAAUCCUGCAUUGAAUACUGGCGGUUUUGGAUCUCCAUUCACUAAUCAAUUGGCCAAAUUUCCAACCUUGAAGGCCGACUCGCCAUUUUCUUCGCAUGAAAUGCAACUGGGAAUGUCACCUAUAGAUUUCGAAAAUGCACAAGUCCAACAAACACCUAAGUUACAACCAAUGGUUGCACAAUCGGAUAUGGCAGCCAGUAAGGGAGCUAGCUCGGAAACAUCUCCAAUGAAGCUGAUAAAUGAACCUUCAAAUUAUUUACCAUUGAUUCUUCGAAGUAUUAAUAUUUCAACUAUCCCGAAUGUAUUUUUGAUGAAUAAUUUAACAAGUAAACAGCUUUUACCAAAUUUUUCAAUAAAUGAUGAUGAUUUAGACAACGAUUUGGAAAUCACCAAGAGUAAUGAAAUGAUUAUCAAACAUGAACAUCUCCGUGAAUUUCUUAAUUUUUUGUCACCGAAUAUAGUUUAUGAUUUUGGAUUAAAUAAUCCGAAUCAAAGUGGAAUGGAAUUUUAUUUCAAAGGGUUCAAUCCUAAGAAAACUGAUUUAUCUUCAAAUUUUGUCCGAUAUCAUGCACCACCCAAGUUUUUCAAACGGAAGUUUAGUGAAAUAUUUCCAUAUUCUUAUAGAGUGAAUAUGAUUGAAUUUUUGAGAGACUAUAAAGAAUUGGAAAGUGAAGAUCCAUUGGAUAACCAAUUGAGUUUCUUAGAGGAUAUUACCAAUGAUGAUGAUGAUUUUGACGAUGAUCCUAAAAAGCUGUAUAAGAAAUUGAAAUCUUUAGAAUGGGAUUCGUUUGAUUUAGAUAAUACGGACAAGGAAACAUUUGAGAAGUAUCGAGAUAUAAACACCAAACUUAAUUCAAAUAUUAUUCCGGAUCAAGAGUCAUGUUUUAAAUUACCAGUGGUUAAAACCAAGAUAUUGAAAAAUAACAAUAUAAUUAAUCUUAAUAGUCUCGGAUUAGAUUAUUGGAAAUAUUUGAAUUUCAGUCCUGUUCGAGAUCAGAAGAAUUUCCAAAUUUUGGUUAUUGAUGAAGGAUGCGGAAAUCAUGAUAGUAGAGAUAGUUGUGCAAGUGAAUUUUUGGAUCUUCUUUCAUAUAAUUAUGGUGAAUGUAAUUUUGGUAAUAUUUCAAGGGUUAAUUUAUCAACGGUGGAAACUAGACCAGAUCUUGAAUCGGUGUCCAAUGGUGUACAAGUGAUCAAUAGAGAAAAAGGGCAAUCUUAUAAUGAUUUUUAUAUUCAGACAAAUAAGAAACUUAUUUCAUUGGUUGAAUUGAUUAAAUUGGAUCUUAUUAAUAAGACAAAUAAUUUUGAAUUUGAUAGACCAUUGUUACUUUUAUUUGUUAAUUAUAAUAAGAGUCUUAACUCAGUGCUUCAGAUAUGUAAGAUUUUCAGGAAUUUUAAAGUUGCAUUAACACAACAUCAAUUACCAUUAGUUCAAAUAUUUAGUAAGAUAAUCCCUGCCUCAUUGAUAGUGAAAAGAUUAUAUGGAGAAACUCAUUUGAAAGUUCUUAGUAAUCAUAAAUUGACUAGACUUUCGAUGAAUCUUUAUAAUGAAUGUCCUAAUGAUUUAGCAAAUAAUGAUAUUUCGAAAUAUAUUUAUACUUCUAUAGUGAAGGAACCACCGACCAAGAUUCAAUUCAAGUUUAUGAAUACAUCAGCCAGAGAUAAUAAUUUCAAUGAUGAUAUAUUUUUACAUUUAGCGUAUGAAGGAUCAGUUGAUAAGAAGUGGUUUUCAGCUGCAUGGUCAGAUCCAUCUGGAUCGGUUACUUAUACAAAAUCAUGGUAUUGUGCUAAUAAUCCUGCAUCAUCCAAUGGAACAAAUGGGAAUUAUAGAAAUGACGCAUCAGAUAUUGCCAGUAUUAGUGAUGAUAUUUGGAACAUAUCUCUUUCUAUCUUUAAGAAUUUGAACGAUGAAAUGAAUAAUAAGGCAACCACCGUGGGAGGAAAGAAAUUUUUGGUUUUAACUAGAGUUAAUAGUGUUAUUCCCGAUGAUGAAUUAGUACAAUGGAAACGUUUAAGUAUCAAACAUAAAGAAAUUUCAUUGAUUGUGUUAUCAGUUAGUCAAUCUCCAAAGUUAAUAUUUGCCAGUGAUUAUACUGUAUCUUACGCUUCAGAAAUCGCUCCAUCGCCAACUGGUUUAUUUCCCAUGAAUGUUGGUACACAAUUGAGAGAUCAUACUCCAUUAUCACAAGACAGAGAGAGCUUUUUCAAAGCAUUCUCUACGUCUGACAACUCAUCGCCCGGCACUGGAGGUCCUGGAAUGGUUGCUUCACCUAAUGGAUUGAUUUUCCAUUCUCCACAACAAUUUGUGAAUGUUCCAGCUAAUUUCUUAUCACCACAAGAUCCUACAUCAGGAGGAGGCAUUGGUACUUCUACCGGUGGUAUGAGUAAUUCCAUUGGGGCAGAUAUGAAUCUUCACGACCCAGAAUCAGAAAUCGUAGGGAUAAUACCAAAGAUCCCAUUGCCAUCAUUUAAUUCACCAUCAAGAUUAGGUAUGAAAAUAGGAUAUUUAAUUAAAGAAUGGGAUAGAGAAUAUGGAGAUCAUGGAAUUAAAGAUUUUGAUUUUGCCACCCAUCUUGCAUUUGAAGUUAAUUUACUUAGUUGUUCGAAUUAUUGGGAUUUAGAUGUGUUAAUGACACUUAUUCUUAAUCAUUAUAAGAAAUUGAUUGCAUUGAAUGAUAUUUUAUGUAUGAGAGAUAUUGAUGGUAAAAUGAUGGCAUGUGAAGCGGAAGAAGAAGGUGGAUACAAUGAUAAAAUUGUUAAUUAUGAAAUCAGUGGACUUAUACCUUGGCAUAUUGCUGCUGUCGGUAAAUCUUUAGAUUAUUUGGUUCAUGUUUAUGUAGAAGAGUAA